CUCGCCUAACGUGAGGACCCUUGAUCUCUGGCCCAAGAUGGCAGCGCCCAUAGCACCACUCUUGGUGCUACCCUGAGGUGAACUAAGGCCGAAAGCCCCGCAUCAUGUCGAAGCUGAGCCGCGCCACUCGGGCCCUCAAGAAGCCCGAGGCCAGCGGCGUGAUCCGGACCAUCGUGCGGGCAGGCCAGGCCAUGCCCGGGCCCCCUCUCGGCCCCAUCCUGGGUCAGCGGGGCGUUUCGAUCAACCAGUUCUGCAAGGAGUUCAACGAGAGGACGAAGGACAUCAUAGAAGGCAUUCCCCUGCCCACGAAGAUUUUUGUGAAGCCUGACAGGACAUUUGAAAUCAAGAUUGGACAACCCACCGUUUCCUACUUCUUGAAGGCAGCUGCUGGGAUUGAGAAGGGGGCCCGGCAGACUGGGAAAGAGGUGGCAGGCUUGGUGUCUUUGAAGCACAUAUAUGAGAUUGCCCGGGUCAAAGCCCAGGAUGAUGCCUUCGCCCUACAGGAUGUACACCUGUCCUCUGUCGUCCGCUCCAUCGUUGGCUCUGCCCGAUCCCUGGGCAUCCGCGUGGUGAAAGACCUCAGUGCGGAAGAACUGGCAGCCUUCCAGAAGGAGCGAGCUGAAUUUCUGGCUGCUCAGAAAGAGGCAGAUUUGGCAGCCCAAGCAGAAGCUGCCAAGAAGUGACCCCUGCCCUCUGCACUUGAGGAGUCUGAA